CAAUCGCCGACUGCCCGGGCGCCCGGCAGCGCAUCCGAACGAACGACAUCGCACCGCGAUCGUGUUUACGAACGUUACCCACCAAAUUCAAAUUUUUACACAACGUGCAGUGCUUUGGAUUUGGAUUCAUGUACCCGUUACCUUAGUUGGAGUCGCUGAAGUUGCAUACGAUAAUACGAUCACCACACCAAAAUGUCUGCGAACGGAUACGGACCCGCGCCCGCUGGACAUGUCCGCCGAAUCCCGAACUACGGCAGAACUCAGGUCAACCCAAUGGGAGGAGUGGAGCCACCAGCAUGUAUUCAAAACGCCAUGAUGACAAAGGAUAAGAAGCCUUUCACAUAUACUCCAGGUGGACUGGAUUUGUCACAAAUAAAAACACCUAGCAUGGCCAGGAGAAUGGCACGACAACGUUCCCAGGAAGAACAUGAACAAGCCUAUGCUCAGCAACAACCCAACAAUAAUUAUCACUCUCAUGGACCUGGAGGCCCCGUACCGCCUCCUCCACCACCAAUGAAAAUACCAGCUCCACCACCACCACCACCUCUUGUUAUACAGGCACCUGAUAGUAAAUCUCCAAAAACGGUCCAAGGAGAGAGACCCGAAAUCGUUAUUCCCGAUAACCCUAUAGGCAUGCUAAGAAAAACAAACAGUCCAUAUCAUUGGGAAGCAGAAAAGGCAGAAUUGCAACGCAUGGGCCAUGUUCCCAAAUUCACAGAAAGGGCACCGGGACCCUUAACAGUUCAACUACCGGCACAAAAUUCUCCACAGAACUAUUCUCCGCAGAACAAUAUUCAAAGGCAGAACUAUCCUUAUGGAAAUCAGAACCAGUCUCCAGACAGUCCAAUUCAUAGGCCAGAAGCACAAUAUGCUCAUCAAAAAACUGCGUCACCAAACACUAAUGGGCCCCCGCAUACAAGGGAAUUGUUAGUUAGACAAGAUUCCCAAUUUAAUAAGAGUCCUCAACCUUUUGCUAAUCAAUCGCCAAGCACUGGUUCGCCUUAUUCACCUUCUGCCAAUAAUCACUGGAAGCAACCAGAUAAAAGAGACUCUCCAGUAUAUAGUACCAAUAGUCCGCAGUCACCGCAAACAAACCGUGGGCCAUUUUCACCAGCUGUCAAACAAAAUGUACCAAGCUAUAAUCAGCCAGCACCAGCAACACCUAACAACACAGUAUUUCAUACCCUUCCUAGGGCUGGUCCAAGAAAUCAAGAAAACUUUCAAAACAAUUACAACAGCAGUACACCUAAUAACGUUAAAGAAUCUCAGCAGAGUCCAAAUACUGAAGCAUCUACGGCACCCUGGCGAACAAGCACCUUAAACAGACAUCCACGUGAAAAUCAACAGAUGACUUACCAUAAUACAAACGCAAAUCAACAACAGCCCCAGCGACCAGCCCAAGAAGCAAAUAAUAAUCAGACUGAAAAUAACUAUUCUCCACCUUGGAAACAAGAGAACAAGAGUAUUCCUAGCCAAGUUGGCAACCAACAGCAAUACACUCCACCGUGGCGGCAACCGGAGAGUACAGGAAGGUCAGUCGCACCUACAACACCUCCAGAAACCCGAUACCAGUCGUCUAUAUCAAUACCUGUAUCUCCAAAGAAACAAACAACUCAACCUAACUAUAACAAUAGCCCGCCACAGAAAGAAGCAGUUUACGUUAGCCAAGAACCUGUUUAUUAUUGUCCUGAUAGUCCUAAGACAAUACCACCAUGGGUAAAAACACAAAAGGAAAAAACGAAAACACCACCACCGGUUUGGUGUCAAAGACCAUUGGAAGGUAAAGAAAGUGCACAAAGAGAUUUAUAUACUCCACCUAGAGAAACAACAAAUCAAGAGCCAGAGUGGAUACGGAAAAGUAAUGAAAUGCAACGAGGUAAUCGUGAAUAUAUAAGUCCACCUAAGUACCAGCAACAAGCACAACCAAACUGGUCAACGCUUCCAUCAGAAAACAGAAGAAGUGUUCCUCGAGACGGUAAUCAAGGAAGGAUAAUUCCAAUUCAAAUGGAAGUGUCUAGCACAGACACAAGAAAUCAAGGAGGUAACCAGCCACAAUUAAGGAUUGUGAUUGACAUGAAGCAAAAUCCUAAUACCCAAAAUGGUAAUACCCAAGCGCCCUAUUCUCAACCAACUCAGCGCAUCAUGAGAGUUUUAUCUCCUCAACUCGUUAGAAUAGAUGACAAUCAAAAUCAGCCAGACUUGCCGACGUUAAACACCCGUUACCAAAAUAUUCAAGACAGUCAACCAAAGACGCGAAUAAUUCCAAUACAAAUCGAAGGGUCUGGCAAUGAAGGUGCAAACAAAAGAGUAAUAUACCACAAAAUCUCACAAGAAGGUGUGCCAAGGCAGUCAAAGGCUUUCAAAGUGCUGCAAGUUAUCACCGGAACGCAGGAGAUGAAGUAAUUUGCCAUUUGGGAAAAAAUAUUAAUAACAUAGGUAUAAAAUAAAUAUUUAUCUUCCUCAAACAACUUAAAUUGAACGAAAUUGAUAUAUAUAAUAAUAUGUAUCCUGUAUUUAGUUUAACAUUUAUCAGAUACUUUUUAGUGUACAUAAAUUAUGAUAUUAAUUAAGGUUUAUUGGAAUUAAGUAUGUGUUUUUUAAAUCCGGUUUAACGUGACCGAGAGGAAUCAACGUAUACGAACACAAUGAUAUAAUGUCGUAAACACGAUAGGAGAAAAUAUUUUUAAGGAUCUGUUUUUAAAAUAAUUAUAUUUUACAGUGUCGCGGGAAUUUACGAGCUAAAUGCAAUAGAUAGGCAUAAUUACUUUUUACUGUUAAUCAUAAUAUAAAUAUUUAAUAUUACAUUAGUUAGUUAAUUUUGAAUAACAAAUCUUUAAUGGCUAUAAUAAUUUAAGAUUUGCUUUACAUAUUGUGAUUAUACUUAUGCUCAUUGCAAAAAGGAAUACGGCUAAUUACCAAAGAUUAAUUAAGAUUCUAUAUAAAUUAUUAUUUGUUUACGUAGAUUUUAUUUUUUAG